UCGAGGAGUUACAUUGACGAAGAGAAACUACUCGACUAUUGUGUGCUAGCCUUGCUCAAGAACAUGUUCUACAGGAAGUUGGUGAAUCUAGCGAUUCUCGUAUAAGGAAGGAUAAGGAGAGCUCAACCUCCAAGGAUGAAGGAGUGCUUCAUCCCACACCACCAUCGAAGAUCAAAUCCUUGCUGGAAUUGGCUAUGGAGCGCUUCAACAUAGGGUACAAGUGCAUUGACACUACUGACCCUAAUCUUCCUCUGGGAUGCUUUUAUGCAAAUGUAGAUAUAAAGCGGAGGAAGAAAAACUCGAAGUGGUGGAAGAGCAAGAAGAGCAUGAUUGACUACCUAGAGAAGAUCUUGCUAGUAACUGCAAUGUUACCCCUAUUCAACAAGAAGAAGGGAGCAACAACGAGGUUAUGGUGGAUGAAGAAGGAAGCGAAUGUUGAUGAAUGAAUGUAUGUGGUUUGGACGCCUUGGUGGGUAUUGAUUGUGUGAAUUUUAAUGCUUGGAGGGUUCACCCACUAAGUGCUCGAUAAAAUGCCCAAACCACUUGAACUUUGUUUUUUAUAAUUCGAUAAAUGACAAUUAAACUCUUGAAUGCUUAUGUUAGGCCGCUAGAAGCAUUUUGUUCGAAUUUUGGUUGAUUGGCAUAGGGUGUAUGGCUCAUCUUCUCACCUAACAUUACCGCUUUGUUAUGGUUUUUGAGCAAUCAGUCCAUACCCUUACCUUAGUUGUUUAGGUUGUUUCUUUCCUUUAGUAAUGGCUCCUAUUACGAGGGGAGAAAUCCAGUUCUCCUCCUCUAUAAGUGGCAACGACUCCGACCCACGAAUAUCAACGGAGAGCCCGAACCACUACACAACCAGUCGAGCCUCAACUGCCAGUACACCACGAGAAAGAACAAAAAUACAAUAUCAACAACGAGUGACACCUAGAAGUUCGAGAGACCAGGUCCAAAGGAUAAUUUCUCGUCUUUGCAAGGGCCUUUUUCUAUCCCUUUUCUUUUCAUUUCAUUUGCUAUGUGUAAGUAACUUAAUUAAAAUACUAACUUAAUAAUUUGUACAUAUAUUAUAUUAUGUAAUGCUUGUGGGUGUGUGUCCUUUUGUUCUAGUUCUUCAUGGAUGUUUUUGUCAAGGAUCGACCCCACUCACCCAACUCUCCCAUAACCAACUCGACAUCGUCAUUUUGGUAACAUCGUUCAUAUGUUGGAUAAUGCUCAACAUCGUCAUUUUUGGCCUAACAUAAGCAUUUAAUGCUUGGAGGGAUCACCCACUAAGUGCUCGAUAAAAUGCCCAAACCACUUGAACUUUGUUUUUUAUAGUUCGAUAAAUGACAAUUAAACUCUUGAAUGCUUAUGUUAGGCCGCUAGAAGCAUUUUGUUCGAAUUUUGGUUGAUUGGCAUAGGGUGUAUGGCUCAUCUUCUCACCUAACAUUACCGCUUUGUUAUGGUUUUUGAGCAAUCAAUCCAUACCCUUACCUUAGUUGUUUAGGUUGUUUCUUUCCUUUAGUAAUGGCUCCUAUUACGAGGGGAGAGAUCCAGUUCUCCUCCUCUAGAAGUGGCAACGACUUCGACCCACGAAUAUCAACGGAGAGCCCGAACCACUACACAACCAGUCGAGCCUCAACUGCCAGUACACCACGAGAAAGAACAAAAAUACAAUAUCAACAACGAGUGACACCUAGAAGUUCGAGAGACCAGGUCCAAAGGCUAAUUUCUCGUCUUUGCAAGGGCCUUUUUCUAUCCCUUUUCUUUUCAUUUCAUUUGCUAUGUGUAAGUAACUUAAUUAAAAUACUAACUUAAUAAUUUGUACAUAUAUUAUAUUAUGUAAUGCUUGUGGGUGUGUGUUCUUUUGUUCUAGUUCUUCAUGGAUGUUUUUGUCAAGGAUCGACCCCACUCACCCAACUCUCCCAUAACCAACUCGACAUCGUCAUUUUGGUAACAUCGUUCAUCUGCUGGAUAAUGCUCAACAUCGUCAUUUCGUUAACAGUGUAAAGCUUGAGUCUUAGUCAACAUCGUCAUAAAGGUUGGAUAAUGCUCGGUUUUGUGCUUUCUCGCAACCAGAUUUUAAACAAAAUAAAGUGGAUUAUAGCUU